GGUUGUUUGGACGUCAGUCGAGAGCAUGAUUUAGCCUUGAACUAGAUGGAUGGAGCGUUACAGGGAGUGCAGCAGAAUAUCAAUGCAUCUGGACUAGGCAUUCAAAACAUUCGCUCCGGUGUUGGCACAGUAGCGGUAUAUGUUCGAUUUUUCAAUCUCACGGGUACAGACGUUGAUGUUAUCUGGAUCAAUGAAGAGGGUAGGGGAAUCCGUUACGGGCAGCUGAAGAAGUCUCAGUAUUUGGAUAUCAAUACUUAUGAGGGACAUCCAUGGAUUUUUCGGGAAUCAGGAGUUGGUGACCUUCUUAUAGGGCAACCGGGUCGAAUAACAGUAUAUUUUCCGAAACGCGAAAACAUAAAUGUGAUUAAUCGGGUUUGCGUGCUCAUCACGUUCCCUUUGAUGUCACUGCGAGAUUGGGCUGUUCGCGCCGUGGCGAAUCUAGUGGAGAUUGCUCCGGACGCAUUGCUUACCCUGCCUCUUCCAGCAAGCCAAAUUAGGGUUGUACAAAAUCUCCUUGUGCAUCGGCUACAAUAUGUGAGCAUGUUUGAGCCUAAUCCGUUGGUUGGUAGACGUCUACGAGCUACUGUAAGGAGAUACAUGAGUCCUCCAGCUGCGCUUCCCGCUGUACCACACAUUUUUGGUGACAAUGCCCACUAUGCGCAUGAGCAGGAACAUCCAGAUGAUGCUGAAGAAAAUCAAGAAAAUCAGGAAAAUUAGUGGGGAUUCUUUUUUGUUUUCGCAGUGCUGUGAUAUGCAAAUCUCGGGUCAGUCCCUGUCCCAAUUAUUCAGAGGUGCUCAAUGAUGAUCAUAGUGUUUUUACAUGUAUCUGUACUCUAGCGCGUUAUGGAUGGAUUUAUGUAGUAGUUUUUUUUUCCGUAGGAUGUGGCGUUUGAUAGACUUUCUAGCAUUUUAGUUUAGCCAUAUUGUGAGCAUAUUCAAAACCUUUCUUGUACCUCUAGAAGCUAUUCUAACACUUACCUGUUUAGCUUUUGUCAGCCAUUUAGUUUGGUGCAAAGCAGCUUUUUUAGUGGUUUUCAUAUCAGGUCACUGCCUUGUGUCAUUCCGCUCUUGAAUUUGGAAAACUCUGCUUUUCCUCUUUCUCUCCUGACCAAACAUUCCUUUUUGUGACGUUAAAUCUAGCC